GGCCGGUCGCCAGUGCUGUAUGGCUUAAAAUGGGUUAUUUGUGCCUUAUCCAAAUUGUAUUCAGUAGUAUGCUAGUCGUCACACAUGCAAUGGAAGAAAUCCCCCUCUUCUUUCCAUUGAUCAGAGACCACGUCGUCACAGCAGCCUCCGAGGUUGCCUGGGAAGAAGCGGACUGUUUCCUUCCAGCUCUCUGUCUUUUUCUUCCACCAUCACCACCAGCAGCAGCAGCAGCAACAGGAGCAGCAGCAGCAGGAGCAGCAGCAGCAGCAGCCUGCCAGGUGCACAUCUCCUCCUUAUCCUCCUCCUCCGGGAAUCUUUGCAUUCAAAGCGGACUGAUUAGCUGCAUUGUGGAAGGCGGAGAAGGAGGGGAGGAUGCCAGAAAGCGAGCCGAGCCAAAGCCGAUGGUGUGACAGCUCGUCAUGAUGCAGCUGUUUCGAGAGCCGGGCUGCUUUUGCCACUAAAAAAAGAAAGAAAGAAAAAAAAAAAAAACCAUCUCUCCAAAUUCCAUGAUUCAAAUCUCCGGGACGUGUCUGGAUUACUAUUGAGGAUCGUUGCGAGACGACAGCGCCUCUUUCUUUUUGGGUUUGGCGAGGUAACUUGCUGAAGUACGAGCCGCGCCGCGCCGCGCCGGCUUUUGUCACUGAUGCCAGCCCAGCUCAGCUCAGCCUCGGCACUUUUACUCCUCCAGCGUGGUUCGGAUCGAGGGCGUGAACUUGCACACUCGGAACGUUCAGUCAGUCGUCCUUAAAGAAGGCUUGUGAUCUCUAAACAAGGCUUGAGCUGUCAUUUCUUUUCCAAUCCUAUCGAAGCACGCAUCAGUCUAGUCCAGUCCAGUCCAGUCCAGCAUGGCUCUCAAAACGGACUCUGAGGACCUGGACUACGCGAGACCGCCCCCCAUCGAAGUGUUCGCCAGUCGCUCCACGCUGCACGGCAUCUCGCACAUGUUCACGUACGAGCGCAUGUGCGUCAAGCGCAGCCUGUGGAUCCUCUUCUUCCUGGGCUCCGUGGGCGUGCUGGCGCUGGUGUGCGUGGACCGCGUGCACUUGUACUUCCAGUACCCGCACAUCACCAAGCUGGACGAGGUGGCCGCGCCGCUCAUGGAGUUCCCCGCGGUCACCUUCUGCAACCUGAACGCUUUCCGCUUCAGUCGGGUGACGCGCAACGAUCUGUACCACGCCGGCGAGCUGCUGGCCUUGCUCAACGGCAGGUACGAGAUCCGGGACCCGCACCUGGUGGAGGAACACGUCCUGCAGGUCCUCAAGGAGAGGGCCGACUUCGACAACUACAAGCCCCGGCCCUUCAACAUGCGCGAGUUCUACGACCGGACGGGCCACGACAUCAAGGACAUGCUGCUGUCCUGCUACUACCGUGGCAUGGAGUGCAGCGCCGAAUACUUCAAAGUGAUCUUCACACGCUACGGAAAGUGCUACACCUUCAACUCGGGCCAGGACGGUCGGCCUUUGCUGUUGACCAUGAAGGGCGGCAUGGGCAACGGUCUGGAGCUGAUGCUCGACAUCCAACAGGACGAAUACCUGCCCGUGUGGGGAGAGACGGACGAGACAUCGUUUGAAGCAGGCAUCAAGGUUCAGAUCCACACGCAGGAAGAGCCGCCAUUCAUCGAUCAGCUGGGAUUUGGGGUGGCGCCAGGCUUCCAGACCUUUGUUUCCUGUCAGGAACAACGGCUGACCUAUUUGCCGCCUCCGUGGGGCGACUGCAAGGCCACCCCAAUGGACUCGGACUUCUUCAGCACGUACAGCAUCACAGCCUGUCGCAUUGACUGCGAGACGCGCUACCUGGUGGAGAACUGCAACUGCAGGAUGGUCCACAUGCCUGGAGAUGCCCCUUACUGCACCCCUGAGCAGUAUAAGGAAUGUGCAGAUCCAGCCUUGGACUUCCUGGUAGAAAGGGACAACGACUACUGCGUGUGCGAGACACCGUGCAACUUGACGCGCUUCGGUAAAGAGAUGUCUUUCGUCAAGAUCCCUAGCAAAGCGUCGGCCAAGUAUCUCGCCAAGAAGUUCAACAAGACGGAGCAGUACAUUGCAGAUAACCUUCUGGUUCUGGAUAUCUUCUUUGAAGCCCUUAACUAUGAAACCAUCGAACAAAAGAAGGCCUACGAGCUGGCCGGCCUCCUGGGUAAGCGGAUGACGGACCCAAACAAUACGCUGGCUGCACGCUUUUGUAGUGGAACAACCUCUGAAAGGUUACGAGUGCUUGUAUGCAGUACGUCUUUUUCCUUCUGCCUCUCAGGUGACAUUGGUGGUCAGAUGGGCCUCUUUAUCGGAGCCAGCAUUCUUACCAUCCUCGAACUCUUUGACUACCUCUACGAGGUGAUCAAGUAUAAGCUGUGCCGAUGCGUGAAGAAGAAACAUAAAGGGCGCAGCAACAACAACGACCGGGGCACUGUGCUGAGUUUGGACGAUGUCAAGCACCAUGCUCCAUGCGACAACCUGCGCACACCGUCAACGUACCCGGGCAACAUGCUACCUCAUCAUCCGGCCCAGGGAAACUUCGAGGACUUCACCUGCUGAGCUGAACGUGACCCGAGCUUGUGUGCGUGCGUGCGUGCGUGCGUGCAUUGCAACCAAAGUCCAAACCAGACAAGGAAGACUAUCAGGGCGAGGACCUGAUGCCAAGGCCAAACAAAAUGCAGUUUUGUAUGCGAAAUUCAGAAGGAAAAAUGGGAGGAAAACUGUCGCCCCAAGCUUAAGGGACAAGAGAGUGCACCCCGGAACAUCCAUUUCACCCAGGACUCAAAUUUAGUUCACUUUCUGGAUCACUGCCACAAAGGAGGCGCCGACAUGAACCGUUUUCUUACAAGAAAGGUCAACUAGAGUCCCC